CAUUGGUGUCCGCACCUUCCAUUGAAUCUUCCAAGAGAAGACUGGAAACUCACAGAAGCAUACUAGAAAAGGGAUAAAAUGGCCGUAGGCCUUCUGUCCUAACUACACAAAUCUGAAUCUGAAAUCAGAGAGAGCGGUUACAUCAGAUCAUCCGUUACGUUCUUGUGGAUAUGGCGGUUGAUGUUCAUAAAGAGGUUUCGCCUACAAAAUUUAUUGAUAGAAUAGAUAUAAAUAAUGAAGACUACAUUCGAGAAUUGUUAAGGCCUCCAGAUAUCAAGGAGGAUGUGAAACUAAUGCAGGAACGUAGUCGCGUUUCACUCAUCUUACGUUCUGCAUAUUUUCGGAAAGAAUUGGAAAAGAUCGUGGCAUCAUCAUUAAAAUCUGGGUGUCUUAACGCUAAUGUUAUCGCUCUUAAGCAAAUAGUUGAGUAUCUGACACCACAAACUCGACUAGGAUCUUCUGCUUUCACAAGAGGUGCCACUGUCCCUGUAGUACCAAUUAAUGAUUUACGCACUGUUCAACUUGGCAGUUACGUUAAAGGGGAACGCCUUAUACGAUGUAAAUUGGCUUCUGUUUACCGAUUAGUUGACAUCUUUGGUUGGAAUACAGGGAUCAAUAAUCAUAUUACGGCUCGGGUUUCUCGAGAUGCUGACGAAUAUCUGAUCAAUCCCAUUGGUUUACUGUACAACGAACUAACCGCCUCUUCUCUCGUAAAAAUUAACCUUGAAGGGUCUAUUUUGGUUCAAGGAUCUGUUGAUCUAGGCAUUGAUAGGCAGAGUUGGAUGUUGCAUGCGGCUGUUCACAGUGUCAGACCAGAUGUCAGAUGUAUUAUUCAUCUAAGUACUUCAGCUGCAGUAGCAGUAUCAUGUACAAAUGCAGGUCUUUUACCAAUCAGUCAAGAAGCCAUGAUUUUGGGUGAGACAGCUGUUUACGACCCGUUAAUUGUUUUGAAUAAUCUUCAGCAAAAUGGGGAGGAAGACUUAGACUCUCGUAAAGAGCAUCAUUUUAAUGCACAGAAAGCAGAAAUAUCUCGGUUAUUUUCGGAAAAAUCUCCCAGUUGUAUGGUUUUAUUGGUUCGUAGUUAUGGUCUCUUAGCUUUGGGACAAUCGAUUGAGGAAGCAUGGUUUAUUGCUUUUACAUCCAUGUUAGCGUGUGAAGCACAGUUACGUUUGGCAAGCAUCAGUUUGGAUGAAUUGGUUAUCCCUACCAAAGAAGCUCAAGAAGCCGCUUACUCCGUAGGACGUACUCCCUCUGCUGUUCAGUUGCGAGUUGGCGAAGUCACUGGUAGUUUAGGUUGGAGGCGUGGAGAACUUGAAUUCGAGGCAUUAAUGCGUAGAUUGGACUCUGCUGGAUACCAUACGGGCUAUGUUUACCGGCUAAGUCAAGUACGCCAGGGUUCAACUGCUGCAUCAACUCUCCAGCGUCCGUCAGCAGAUUUACCGGAUAAUGCCUCCACUCAAAAAUCUCGUGACGCCGCAGCCCAUGUUCGUCGUGCAGCUAGUCUUGGUCGUGGUCUUCGUGGCCUCAAAGAUGUAGAGAUACCGCCUACAGUUUCAUCUUUUGCAACUUCAUACUACGGGGAUGAGGAAAGUAGAGCUACUGCUAUUGCUGAAAUGAAAGCCAAAACACUCUCACUUUCACGUGCACAUUGGCUGAGUACACCAAAUGCGUACCUUCGGGAAGAGAUUGAAGAAGUGGGUACUCCGAAUCCUAAAAAGAUAACCCACUGGACAGAGGGGUCAGAUAUCAAUAAAACACGCACCGGUGGAGUAGCUGUCCCGCUGAUUGAUCCCAAUCAAUUUGCAUUGCAGGGUUCGGAUCCACAGGAGUUUAAAAAUCAACAGAAGAAGGUGAAAGAUAAAUAUUACAAGGAUGUAAGGUCUGCUGGACCAAAAUCUCGAAUUUUACAAGGUAUUGACUUAGAAGAUGAGUCAGAUGAAACUGAUGGUGGGAUCGCAUCACCUAAGGUUGUCAGUCCGAAAGGCACACUACUUCGAUUGGAUCCUUCCAACCCUCCGUCUCUGGAGCCUGGACAUGUUGUUGUGGUUGGGGCAGCUAGUAAAGGUAUCAUAAAUCGUAAUCAGAGACACAAUGUUGGUGUUUACCAGUCUCUAUACUCGCCAAAUCCAUUCGAUAGGAUGACAGACGAAGAUCUUGAGCGCUACAAAGAAAAUGUUGAACGCAAAGCUAAAGGUUUACCCUCAUUAGAGGAGGAAGAGGCAAGAGCUCGCAUAGAGGAAGCUCGGCAGGCUGUGGUGGUGGCACGAGAGGCGAUGGAAGCAGCCUCUCGUAUGGGUACAGAACAAAAAUAUAAUGGAGAACCUAGUUUAGACGUAAGUCGUAUUCAUGCAGUUCGGUCAGAUACCAGUGGAGCUGAAGCUAGCCAUGAUGAUACUGAAAAAGAGUUCCUACAUACAUUACGACAUUCGGUGCCAUGUGAUGGACGAUUAAUUAGUUUUAUAUUGAGUAAACAAUAGAAUAAUAUGAUGCGAAUUUCAAAAAAACAAAAUUACGUCAUAUACAUUGUUUUCAGGCUGAUUAUUUGUUUAAGAGGAUAAAUUUUUUAUGAACCAGGGUUCAAUCGUAUUCUAGAAUUAUUCUUUAAAGAAACGUUAAAAAUGUUUCAUAAACUCAAAAAUUGGAAAGUAAUCAUUUACAAAAUGUCAAUUUGAACAGGUAAAGGCAUUUUAUUUAGUCAAUAAUUAAAUACCUCGUAAAAAGAUUACAUAAGUGUUUUAUUUGUUUAAACUAAGAACCCGUAAUACAGUGAUUCAUCUAUUGUGGUGUGUGCUACUUAUAUUGAUAUAAACAGUGUAGAAAGGAAGAGCGUGAAUAGAAAGCAAUUAGUAUGGAAGUACAAGAACAACGAAGUUCAAGACAAUUAUUGAACAUUUUGCAAAUUAACGAUUUACUAUAUGGUUUUUCUAUUUUACCAAGUAACUCUGUAAUUUUGUGCUAAAUAUAAUUCGGUUGUCCUCACCUGUGUUCUCCUUCACUACAGGAUAAAUAAAUAAUCAUGAACUACUUUAUCAAGUGUUUCCUCCGUGAUAGUGUUUAACUAUCUGAUAAAACCAAGUUCAAUUAUUUGAUAGUAAAGAGAAAAGUACAAACGAAUGUAAUUCUUUGAUAACAAAGUUUUAAUAAGUUGUAAGCACAUUCUUUAAAUAUCAUGUUAUUGAUUAAAUAAGUCAUUAAAUUAAUAAAAACUAAAUGAAUUACCUCAUGGUCAGAAAAUGAUAUCCGUGAAAGUGACUAGAAUAAAAUCUAGAACUAUAAAUUUGGUUAUAAGAAUGUUCAAACUAAGGAAGAAACACUGUGAAAUUGGAAAAAAGCGAUCUAAGGUAGUGUGGUGUGAGCUACUUAUAUUGAUAUAAGUAGUAUAUAACGUGCGUUAAAAGAACGUAAUGUCUGGCAGCGGAAGAGGGCAAAGACCAAGACCAAGACCACAAUGGAAUUUGUAAGAAAAUGCAUGAACAAUGGAUUAGUGUAUGCAACAGAAACAGUCCAGUUUGGUUUGAUGCAUGAAUAUUUUGCAAAUUGACGAUUUACUGUAUGGUAUUCGGAUUUUGUUGAGAUAGUCUGUAAUUGUUGUGCGAAAUACAUCCGUUUGUCCCCACCUGUGUUCUUGUUCACUACGGUAGCACUUUAGCCAAAGUUCGAAAUCUUAAAUGUUUGUAGCAUCGGGUUAUUUAGGAAAUAAGAGAGAGCUUUGAUGAAAUAACUAGGACUUAGACGACAUGAUAUCAUAUGUAAUAUUAUUGAAAAGAGACUGAAGCAAAUCACAGUUAUGAUUCUUGUUUUUACAAAGUAUUCAAAAAUAAAACUAGAUUACUGGAAAAAUACAUUUGCUAUAACAUUUUCUUGUUCAAAUUCAUGUAACUUCUCAUUUAUGUUCUAAAAAUGUUAUAACAGUGAAAACUGAAGAAGAACUAUCAAAGGUCGAUAAUAGAAAAAUAAAUAUUUUAAUAUCAAUUGAGAUGGUAGAGAACAUUCGUAGCUCAGGAAGAUGACUUUGGUGGAGUUUUGUCCUCUGAGAUGGAUGAUUUGGCCAUGAAGCUUUCAUUGUUCUUCUGAUCAAUAUCAUCAGCAAAAACUUCUAGUAGAAGUAAAGUGUUCGAAUUCCUCAAAAUAUGACUCACAGCUUGUUCUGUAAACAAGUGACAGGUUAAAGGUCGACAAUGUUCACUCAACAUCAAGGUCUACAGGACAAGCUAUGAGUUAUAUGCGGAGAAAUUCGAAUACUUUACUUCUACUUGAAGUUUGUCUUAAUGAUGUCUUUCAGAA